AUGUCUGACGCUACCGAGCCCAAGCCCGACCCCACCACCGCCUCUACGGAGGAGACCACCACCCCUGCCCCUGCCGCUGAGAAGCCAGUCGAGAGCACUGAGGGCGAGGAGAAGUCGGUCACUGAGAAGGCUGCCGACACGGCCUCCAAGACCGCCGAUAGCGUCUUCUCCAUGUUCGGUGGCGGUCCCAAGAAGGAGAAGAAGGAAGAGGCCGGUGAUGCUGGUGAGCCAUCUGGUUCAUCCAAGGCUCAGAAGGCUGAAGACGAGGAAGAAGCACCCGAGUCUCCGGAAGUGGAAUUCGAGCCCGUCAUCCACCUCACCGAGAAAGUCGAGACCAAGACCAAUGAGGAGCUAGAGGAGCAAGUGUUUAAGAUGCGUGCGAAGCUGUUCAAGUUUGACCGUGAAUCUCGCGAGUGGAAGGAGCGCGGUACUGGCGAUGUCCGACUUUUGAAGCACAAGGAGAACCAGAAGACCCGCUUGGUUAUGCGCCGAGAUAAGACCCUCAAGGUCUGCGCCAACCACUACAUUGUCCCCGACAUGAAGCUGUCUCCAAACGUCGGCAGUGACCGUAGCUGGGUGUGGAAUGCCGCUGCGGAUGUCAGCGAAGGCGAGCCUGAGGCUCAGACCUUAGCCAUUCGUUUCGCCAACAGCGAAAACGCCAACCUCUUCAAGGAUGCCUUCAUCAAGGCCCAGCAAGAGAACGAGAAACUCUUUUCCCAAGAAGCUUAG